CUGGUAUUCUAAACGGGGUGUACAUGUCGGAGGCCCUGAACGAUGUGUUUGUGGAUAACUUCCAGAAGGACCCAACUCUAACCUGGCAGUACUUUGGCAGUGCCACUGGCUUCUUCAGACUCUACCCAGGCAUCGCAUGGACCCCAGAUGAAAAUGGUGUCGUCACGUUUGACUGCAGGAACAGAAACUGGUACAUCCAGGCUGCGACCUCUCCCAAGGACAUCAUCAUCGUAGUGGACGUCAGCGGGAGUAUGAAGGGUCUCAGGCUCACUAUCGCCAAGCACACUAUUAACACCAUCCUGGACACACUAGGGGAGAACGACUUUGUCAACGUCAUCGCCUACAGUGACUAUGUCCAAUACGUGGAACCCUGCUUCAAGGGCACCCUGGUCCAGGCUGACCUGGACAACCGAGAGCACUUCAAGUUGCUGGUUGAGGAGCUCCAGGUAAAAGGAGAGGGGAAAGUCAAGAAGGCCAUGAAGGAAUCCUUCAAAAUCCUCAAUGAGGCUGCAUCGUUGGGUCAGGGCAGUCUGUGUAACCAGGCCAUCAUGCUGAUCACUGACGGAGCCAUGGAGGAUUAUGAGGAAGUGUUUCAGGAGUUCAACUGGCCAGAACGCAGGGUGCGUGUUUUUACUUACCUUAUUGGUCGAGAGGUGACCUUCGCUGACACUGUGAAGUGGAUUGCCUGCAACAAUAAAGGUUACUACACACACGUCUCCACGCUGGCCGAUGUUCAGGAGAAUGUCAUGGAGUACCUUCACGUUCUGAGUCGACCAAUGGUCAUCAACCAUGAUCAUGACAUCAUCUGGACAGAGGCUUACAUGGACAGUGUGCUGCCCAACACAGCAGAGCUGUUCAACACCCAGGCUCAGAGCCUGCUCCUCAUGACCUCUGUGGCCAUGCCUGUGUUCAGCAAGAAGAAGGAGACGCUGUCUCAUGGUAUUCUGCUGGGGGUGGUGGGGACUGACGUCCCUCUGAGAGAACUGAUGAGGCUGGUUCCGAGAUACAAGCUGGGUGUCCAUGGUUACGCCUUCCUCAACACCAACAACGGUUAUAUCCUCGCCCACCCUGCCCUCCGACCCCUGUAUAAGGAGGGAAAGAAGCUGAAGCCAAAACCCAACUACAACAGUGUUGAUCUGGCUGAGGUGGAGUGGGAGGACACGGAUGAGACGUUGAGAACUGCCAUGGUAAAAGGAGAGACAGGUGCUCUGUCCUUAGACGUCAGAGCCACUGUAGAGAAAGGGAGGAGAGUCAUGUUCCUGAAGAAUGACUACUUCUACACAACCAUCAACGAGACUCCGUUCAGUCUCGGCAUGGUGCUGACCAGAGGGCACGGAGAAUACAUCUUCAUUGGGAACGUGUCUGUUAGGGAAGGUCUCAAUGACCUGAUGCAGCCAGAUGUGUCCAUCGCAAAUGAGUGGACCUACUGUGAGACAGACAUUGACCCUCACCACCGCAAGCUGACCCAGCUCCAGGCUGUGUUUCGAUACCUCACAGGGAAGGAACCUGAUCUGGAGUGUGAUGAGGAACUGUUGAGACAGACUCUGUUUGAUGCUGUGGUCACAGCCCCCAUGGAGGCUUACUGGACAGCAUUGAUGCUCAACCCAUCUGGUAUGGACGAGGGGGUGGAGACUGCGUUCCUGGGCACCCGGUCUGGUCUGAUGAGGGUCACCAGAUACGUGGGCAUUGAGAAACGCGUUGCCAAACCAAAGGUCUUCUCCAAGAAAUUCCUGUCUCCGUCGGACAAGGAGAACAUCUUUACGAUGGACCACUUCCCCGUGUGGUAUCGCCGCGCUGCAGAGUACCCCGCCGGCAAGUUCCUGUACUACAUCCCCAAAGAGGACACCAGAGAUGCGUCAGGAAGGAUGGUGAUCUCCACCACAGCUGUGACUGUCACCGUGGGCAAGAAGACUGCAGUGGCAGGAGGUGGUCAUUAA